GCUCUGUUUAGCGGGCCACACAGGAUUAGCGCACUAGUAGGCGAUUAUAAAACUGUUCUUAUAGUAACAAGCAGUUCUGGCAUAGUUGCACAGCUACUAUACCUAAAACAGCUAAUAUAUAGGUAUAAUGCUUGCAAAGGGAGGAAAAACAUAUUAAAAGACUAUAAGAAGAGACAGAGGAGCGAGUUACAAGACCAACUAAAGGAUCUUGUGCGCACCUAUUUAGAUAACCAGAUGAGGCUCCUCGAAUUAGAAUACCAACCGGCGUGA